GAAGGUAAGACAGGUUUGUUCAUGGCAGGUCUGGUCUUCAUAGCUGUUGGCACUGGAGGCAUCAAAGCAAAUGUUGGGCCUUUUGGAGCCGAGCAAGUGGGAUCUCUGGGCAAGGAAGCUGUCCAAUCCUUCUUUAACUGGUUUUACUGGGUAGUCAACGUUGGAGCCUUCAUUGCAUACGCCGGGGUUUCCUACAUUCAACAGGAAGUCAGCUUUGCCUGGGGUUUCUUCGUGCCGCUCUGCAGCAUGGUUGUAGCUGUCAGUAUAUUCAUCGCUGUCAGGCCUCAGUACGCUAGAACUCAUCCAAAAGGAAGUGUUCUGAUUUCGGCUUGGAAAAUAUGUGUACAAGGAACGUGUAAGGCUCCAAAGAAGUCUAAAGUCCCCGCUGAAAUGCAGGUGCCAAUACUUACCAGAGCCAAGAAAAGCUACGGUGGAGACUACGAGGACUAUAUUGUCGACGGAGUUGUCAGUGUCAUCAAGGUGACGCCCUUCUGUCUGCUAGUCGUAAUGUUUUGGGCCAUCAAUGCUCAGAUGUCAAACACGUUCUUCGCUCAGUCAGAAAGAAUGGAUGUCCGUCUUGGGGGCGGUAUUAACAUCCCUGCUGCAGCCCUGAACAUCUUCAACACCAUCAGCAUCAUUCUUCUCAUCCCUGUCGUGGACCGCUUUGUCUACCCUUGUUUUGAGAGGACGGGGCGUCCUUUGACUUACCUUAAAAGGAUAGGUAUAGGGAUGCUUCUGUCAGUUUUGGCAGUCAUAGUUGCUGGAGUGGUGGAGAUCUACAGGAAAGAAGAUUUAGAUAACUGGCACAUACAAGAACUGGCGGGUCAGAAUUUCAACUCCUCCAGCAUGUCGGUAUUUGUUCAGAUCCCGCAGUUUGCUCUCAUUGGGGCCAGUGAGAUCUUCACCAGCGUCACAACUUUGGAGUUCGCAUACAAUCAAGCGCCUGUAUCCAUGCAAGGCAUCUUGACAGGACUGUUUCUAGCUGCCUCUGGAGUAGGGAACUGGGUGUCUACUGCAAUUCUGUCUAUUGUUCAGGCUGCCACGGAAGAACAUCCUUGGUGGUGUGACGAAAUCAACGAGUGCCACAUGGAGUACCUAAUGUUUCUGCUGGGUGGGCUGAUGUUUGUCAACUUCCUCUUCUUCUGUUUGAUAUCCCAUUUUUACACCUACCAAGACCCUGCUAAGUUCGAGGAGACCAUUCUUGUUGAAAACGGUGAUGUGACAAGCCUAGUGAAAGACGAUUCAGCGAAAGUUAUUAAUUUAAGAAACCCUUCUAGACUGGGAAGUCUAGGCUCAGAGGAGACAAGCGGGAGACGAUACAAGGAGUCGGCUAGCUAA